UCAAGGCAUUCAUCCGUAUCCUAAAGCCUGCUCGAGAGGGUCCAACUAUCUCGGACUCACGAACAUCAUAAGCAGCGAGAGACGUGUGGCUGAGAGUGAACCGCAGCUAUAAUGGGAGUAUAUAACAAGAAAAGGAACUAUUAAGAGCUUAGCAGUGAGGAUUUUCUGAUUUUCGCUGCUGCUGGUCGUGGUAGACGUCAUUGGAGAUUUCGUACCGUGCAGGAUUUCGAUGGUGUUCUAGUCGUCUCUACGAGCGGAAAUAUAGCGGAGAACAUUCUGUGAUAUUAAAACACAACAGCUUCAACCAUGUCUGGCGCCUCAGUGAAAGUUGCUGUCCGAGUGCGCCCCUUCAACUCAAGGGAGAUCGGCAAAGAAUCAAAAUGCAUUAUUCAGAUGCAAGGGAACUCCACCACUAUUUUGAACCCCAAAAACCCAAAGGAAUCGCCAAAAUCCUUCAGCUUCGACUACUCCUAUUGGUCUCACACCUCGCCGGACGACCCCUGCUUUGCGUCACAGAACCUUGUAUACAAUGACAUUGGGAAGGAGAUGUUGCAGCAUGCAUUUGAGGGCUACAACGUCUGCAUUUUCGCCUACGGCCAGACUGGAGCUGGCAAGUCCUACACCAUGAUGGGAAAGCAAGAAGAAGGACAGGAAGGCAUCAUCCCUCAGCUCUGUGAAGAACUCUUUGAGAAAAUCAAUGACAAUAACAAUGAGGAGAUCUCUUACUCGGUGGAGGUGGCUUACAUGGAAAUAUACUGUGAGCGGGUUAGGGAUCUUCUAAACCCUAAAAACAAAGGGAACCUGCGUGUUAGGGAACAUCCUCUACUUGGGCCCUAUGUAGAAGACCUCUCGAAACUGGCCGUCACCUCCUAUACAGACAUUGCUGACCUCAUGGAUGCUGGUAACAAAGCCAGAACUGUUGCUGCCACCAACAUGAAUGAGACGAGCAGCCGCUCCCAUGCCGUCUUCACCAUUGUUUUCACCCAGAGGAAGUACGACAGUGAGACAGACCUGUCCACAGAGAAGGUCAGCAAAAUCAGCCUGGUGGAUCUGGCAGGAAGUGAGCGUGCUGACUCAACAGGGGCUAAAGGAACCAGACUGAAGGAGGGAGCAAACAUCAAUAAAUCUCUAACCACUCUUGGAAAGGUUAUUUCAGCACUGGCCGAGGUGGAUAACUGUACCAGCAAGAGCAAGAAGAAAAAGAAGACAGACUUCAUUCCUUACAGAGACUCCGUGUUGACAUGGCUGCUCAGAGAGAAUCUAGGAGGGAACUCGAGGACCGCUAUGGUAGCCGCUCUGAGUCCUGCUGACAUCAACUAUGAUGAAACUCUGAGCACACUCCGAUAUGCAGACAGAGCCAAGCAGAUCAAGUGCAAUGCUGUCAUCAAUGAGGACCCCAAUGCCAAGCUGGUACGAGAGCUGAAGGACGAGGUGUUGCGUCUGAAGGAACUGCUCCAAGCCCAGGGACUAGGGGACAUCUUGGACAUCGAUCCAAUGGGGGAUGAUUGCCUUGGAAGUGGAAGUAAAUACCUGAAAGAUAUAACCAACAAUAAGAAUAGAUUCUUGAUAGCAUCAGAGAACCAACGGCCUGGCCAUUUCUCCACAGCACCUAUGGGCUGCCUGACAGCCUCUCCGUCUUCAGGCUCUCUGUGCAGCCAGGCAAUGCUGCAGUCUGUGUCCAGCAUCCAAGAACGUAUCAUGUCCACGCCGGGCGGAGAAGAGGCCAUCGAGAGGCUGAAGGAGUCAGAAAAGAUCAUAGCCGAGCUGAAUGAGACCUGGGAGGAGAAGCUGAGGAAGACUGAGGCCAUCCGUAUGGAGAGAGAGGCGCUGCUGGCAGAAAUGGGCGUGGCCAUAAGGGAGGAUGGCGGAACGCUGGGUGUCUUCUCUCCAAAAAAGACCCCUCACCUGGUGAACCUGAACGAGGAUCCUUUGAUGUCAGAAUGUCUGCUGUAUUAUAUCAAAGAUGGAGUAACAAGGGUGGGCCAGACAGAUGCAGAGAGAAGACAGGACAUCGUUCUAAGUGGAGCGCAUAUUAAAGAGGAACACUGUAUCUUCCGCAGUGAGAGGAAUGCCAAUGGAAAUGUAAUUGUCAUGUUGGAGCCAUGUGAGGGAUCUGAAACGUAUGUGAAUGGAAAGCGUGUGACUUCUGCAGUCCAGUUGCGCUCUGGUAACCGUAUUAUCAUGGGAAAGAACCACGUGUUCCGGUUUAACCACCCUGAGCAGGCUCGCGCAGAGCGUGAGAAGACCCCCUCUGCUGAGACCCCCGUGGAGCCGGUGGACUGGACCUUCGCCCAAAGAGAACUGUUGGAGAAACAGGGUAUCGACAUGAAGCAAGAGAUGGAGAAGAGGCUUACAGAGAUGGAGAUCCUUUACAAAAAAGAAAAGGAGGAAGCCGACCAGCUGCUUGAACAACAGCGACUGGUUUAUGAGAGUAAACUGCAAGAGCUGCAGAAACAGGUGGAGACUCGCUCACUGGCUGCAGAGACGCCCGAUGAAGAGGAGGAAGAGGAGGAGGAGGAUGAAGCAGUGCCCUGGACCCAGCAUGAGUAUGAGUUGGCCCAGUGGGCUUUCAGGAAGUGGAGGUACCACCAGUUUACCUCUGUCAGAGACCAGCUGUGGGGCAAUGCUGUAUACCUCAAAGAAGCCAACGCCAUCAGUGUGGAGCUCAAGAAAAAGGUCCAAUUCCAGUUUGUCUUGCUCACGGACACCCUGUACUCUCCACUGCCCCCGGAGCUGCUAACUUCAGAGCCUGAGAAAGAGCGUGAUUCCAGGCCUUUCCCUCGUACUGUGGUGGCUGUGGAGGUACAGGACCUGAAGAAUGGAGCCACUCAUUACUGGUCGCUGGAGAAGCUCAAGCAAAGGCUUGACCAAAUGCGAGAAAUGUAUGAUCGUGCAGGUGAAAUGGCCUCCUCCAAUCAAGGGGAUGAUGGGGAAGGUGCCCUGACCGGCAGUGACCCAUUCUAUGACCGCUUCCAUUGGUUCAAACUGGUUGGGAGCUCACCUAUUUUUCAUGGCUGUGUGAACGAGCGUCUGGCUGACCGCACACCCUCCCCCACCUUCUCCACCACUGAUUCUGAGAUCACCGAGCUGGCCGACGAACGACAGAGCGAGAUGGAGGACUUCAUGGAUGACGAAGCUUUUGUGGAUGACACCAGCUCAGACGCUGGGACCGAGGAGGGCUCUGACAUCUUCAGCGAUGGCCAGGACCCCUUCUAUGACCGUUCCCCCUGGUUCAUCCUGGUGGGCAGAGCCUUCGUGUACCUGAGUAACCUGCUGUAUCCUGUGCCCCUGGUGCAUCGUGUCGCUAUAGUAACAGAUAAGGGAGAAGUGCGAGGAUUCCUGCGAGUGGGGGUUCAGGCCAUUGCUGCGGACGAAGAGGCCCCUGAUUAUGGAUCUGGUGUGCGUCAGUCAGGCACUGCUAAGAUUUCCUUCGAUGAUGAGUAUUUCAAAAAGAGUGAUUUCUCCUCUGUGUCCAUGACACGCUCUGGCUUCUCUUUGGAAGAGCUGCGUAUUGUGGAAGGCCAAGGUCAGAGUUCAGAGGUCAACACCCCCUCAGAGGAGAUAAACAGAAUAAAUGAUAUGGACCUGAAGCUGGGGAAUGUGGAAACAAAGCUGAUUGAUGGUUUGGCGGAGCAUCUGGAGGUGGGCAGCAUUUUCACCUUCCGCGUCACCGUUCUGCAGGCAAACGGCAUCCCGCCUGAGUACGCAGACAUCUUCUGCCAGUUCAAUUUCCUCCAUCGUCACGAUGAGGCGUUCAGCACAGAGCCCCUGAAGAACACAGGCAAAGGAGCCCCACUGGGCUUUUACCACGUACAGAAUAUCUCAGUGGAGGUGACAGAGUCCUUUAUUGAGUACAUAAAGACCAAGCCAAUUGUGUUUGAAGUGUUUGGCCAUUACCAACAGCACCCACUCCACCUUCAUGGACAGGAAUUGGUCAGCCCUUCUCAGCCUUCCAGAAAGUAUUACCCCCCACCGAUGCCUCUGUCUAAACCAGUGCCAGCCACCAAACUGAACACCAUCACUAAAUCCAACCUGGGUCAGUGUGUAAGCAAGUAUGACCUGCUGGCCUGGUUCGAGAUCAGUGAACUGGAGCCCACCGGAGAGUAUAUCCCAGCAAUAGUGGAUCACACAGGUGGUCUUCCCUGUCAUGGAACCUACCUAUUGCACCAGGGCAUCCAGCGUAGAAUCACAGUCACUCUGAUCCAUGAGAAAGGCAGUGAACUCCACUGGAAGGACGUCAGAGAGCUGGUGGUUGGCCGAAUCCGGAAUAAGCCAGAAGUGGAUGAUUCAGCUACAGACGCUGUCCUGUCUCUCAACAUCAUCUCAGCUAAAAACUUGAAAUCCUCCCACAACUCCAGCAGACUUUGUAUAGAUAGCGAUAUUGCUAGGACGUUCUACCGGUUCGAGACGGUCUGGGACAGCUCCCUCCACAACUCUCUCCUGCUGAAUCGUAUCACUCCCUAUGGAGAGAAGAUUUACAUGACCCUGUCUGCAUAUCUAGAGCUUGACCACUGUAUCCAGCCUGCUAUUAUAACCAAGGACAUCUGCAUGGUCUUCUACUCCAGAGAUGCAAAGAUCUCUCCUCCACGCUCACUAAGGAACCUGUUUGGAAGUGGUUACUCAAAGACCCCUGACUGUAAUAAAGUAACUGGCAUCUAUGAGCUUAGCUUGUGCAAGAUAGCAGAUGCAGGAAGCCCAGGUAUGCAGCGGCGGAGACGGAAGGUUCUGGAUACAUCAGUGGCAUAUGUGCGUGGAGAGGAGAACCUGGCGGGCUGGAGACCCAGAGGAGACAGUCUGAUCCUGGAGCACCAAUGGGAGCUUGAGAAACUCGAGCAGUUGCAUGAGGUGGAGAAAACCCGUCACCUGCUGCUGCUUCAUGAGAAGCUGGGUGAGACUGCUCCUCCAAAAUCCCUAUGUGAUUCUUUGUCACCCAGCCUGAGCAGCGGCACCCUCAGCACCUCUACCAGCAUCUCCUCCCAGAUCUCCUCCACCACCUUUGAGAGCGCCAUCACGCCAAGUGAGAGCAGCGGCUAUGACUCCACAGACAUCGAGAGCUUGGUAGACCGCGAGAAGGAGCUGGCCACCAAGUGCCUCCGUCUCCUCACACACACUUUCAACAGUGAAUUUAACCAGCUGUGCAACAGCAUCAGUGAAUGCAAGUUGUCGGAUAUCUCUCCUAUGGGCCGUGAUCCGUCAGUCACCAGUUUUAGCAGUGCCACUCUCACCCCCUCCUCCACCUGCCCCUCUCUGUCCGACACUCGGACCCCUGAAGCCAACUCUCGUGCCACCAGCCCCUCAUGCUCUGAUUAUGAGAACUUCCCCAUGGUGCCCAUUCUGGAGACGUCCUACCUGGCACGGGCUGGCAAACAUGAGUUCCUCAACCUUUUGCCUGAUAUUGAGGAGAUGAGACCUGGAUCUGUGGUAUCAAAGAAGGGAUUUCUCAGUUUCAUGGAGCCCCGCUCUAACUCCUGGGUAAAGCACUUUGUGGUGGUACGUCGGCCAUAUGUGUUGAUCUACAACAAUGAUAAGGACCCAGUAGAGAGGGGCAUGCUGAAUUUAUCCACUGCUCAGGUGGAAUACAGUGAAGACCAGCAGGCCAUGCUUAAGACACCCAAUACAUUUGCUGUGUGCACCAAGCACAGAGGAAUUCUCCUCCAGGCCAACAAUGACAAAGACAUGAACGACUGGCUCUAUGCCUUCAACCCACUACUAGCAGGAACGAUAAGGUCCAAGUUGGCGAGGAGACGGUCCGGUCUGAUGAAGAACUGAACGAGCGCACAUAUGUGCAUCAAUAAUGCUCAUAUUUCUCUGUCUACCUUUACAACGUACCAAGUGUGUUAACACUUCUAAAUCUUUGUGGUUCUUGAUGGUUUCUCUUGUAUGUAGACCUGUGGAUCUGUUCUCCUCUCCAGCAAAAGAACUUUCAGUUCCUGAAAACCAACUCUCCCCUUCCUCGUCCUCUCUAUUUCUCUCCUAACCCUUUGUGUUAUUGAUUGGAUUUAUUCAGUCUUAACUUUUGUUAUUUGUCAUAACAGAACCUCCAAGUAGCAUGUUGUAAUAGUCUAUUUGUGUGUGUGCACGAAUCUUCAGAGCAGGUUCUUUUUUUCUCUUGAGUUGCUCUUGUCUGUAAAGAUCGUCCUCACUAGUGUUGUCCACCAGGAACAUCUUGCCCACAUGGCCAACAACAGCCAUAACCCUCUGGAGACAGUUGGUUUGCUUAAAAUAAAAUCCCCUACAACUACACUAAGUAAAAAAUAAAUAAUAAUAUAUUUUAAAAAAAUCAUUCAAAAAAAAAAAAUCAUAUUUAAUGAACACAACUUUCUCUAAUAGAAGACAUACAAAACAUAAACAAAUAGCUAUUUUGCUCAAGUUACUGCUAAAAAAAAAAAAGUGGUUAUACCAACAAUGCUAAAUAUAUAUAUAUAUAUAUGGACCAAAGUACUGAAGAUUAGAGCAAAAUUUGUCCCUCAAAAGAAUGUUAUUGCUGAAUUGGCUUAAUGGAUUUGCUGAAUCAGACCAAGCCAUGAUGGUGAAGACAUAGACCAUAUAUGCUCGCCAAUUUACUCAUAUGCCCAGAACUGUGCCACUUCGCAGUGUAUUUGCUUGACAAAAAUCCACAUAUCAAGGACGUAAAACAUACCAUUUAGCAAAGUUUGUAAUAAUAAGAAAUAUAGCUCCUGUAAAAGAUAUCUCACAUAUCAUUUUUUACUGUAGUAUUCUACUGAAAUGAUUCCCUUGGUACAUUAGGACAAAAUGGUGCAAAAAAAUUAGACACAGACCACUUAACUGAAUGGAAAUCCAUUUGUACAUACACUACCGUUCAAGUUUAGGGUCACUUACUCAUUCUUCAUUUUUUUUUUUUUCACAUUUUAGAAUAAUAGUAGAGUCAUCAGAACUAUGGAAUAAUAGAAAUGGAACUAUGGGGAUUAUGUUGUGACAAAAAAAUCCAAAAUAAAUCAAAAGUGUGUUAUAUUUUGGCUCUAUUCUUCAAAGUAGUCACACUUUGCCUAGAUUUUGCAGACAUGUACUCUUGACAUUUUCUCAACCAACUUCUUGAGGUAUCACCCUGAGAUGCUUUUUAAACAGUAUUGAAGGAGUUCCCAUCCAUGUUGGGCACUUAUUGGCUGCUUUUCUUAAUUAUUCGGUCCAAGUCAUCCAUUUCAAAAACCUUUUUUUUCUAAAUAAAAUUUUAGUUUUGUAAUUAAAUAAAUUUAAUAUGUUGGCACAAUUAUAUUUUUGUCUACAAAACUAAUUUCAAACAUAUAAGCAUAUGCCUUCAGAUCAAAAGAUUUUUAAGAUCAAGAGAAACAUUUCAGUCAAGUGACUCCAAACUUUUGAACGGUAGUGUAACUUGCAGGAUUACUGUGCUUUAUGCAACUCAUGAAGAGACGACACAUUCCUUGUUGGUUUUUGUCCUUACUGUUUUAAUAAAAGCAGCGGUUUACAGACAGUUUUAACAAGAAAGAUCAGCUGGCCAAAGGUUUUGCCUCUUAGGAAGGCCAUAUAUUUGAGUGUGAUACUAAUUUAAUGAUUUUGUGGUCAGUUUUGGCUCUUGCGAAUUUCACCAUUCUGUUUAAACCUCAACAGGAUCAUUAAACCAGCCUUUUUUUUCCUAGAAAAUGAACAGGAUUUAAACAUCUGUUGGUACAUUUUAAUAUUAUUGAACAUUUAUCAUGUACCUCUUUACUGUACUUAUUAAUUUAACUUAUUUUAUCAACACAUGUUCAGUAUUUUACAUUAUCUGAAGAGCAAAUGCAACAUAUACAAUGGAAGUUAGUGAGAGAAUUUCUUCGUUUUAAAUUACCAUUCUUCAUUACUUAUUUGAACAGACCAAGUCUGACCUCUAAAAAGGAUUUCUGUUUAAUCAUUAUCAGUAGAAAAUGGUUUUGGAACAAAUUAGCAUUGGACAGGUCAUAUAUGCAGUUCACUGCUGUGAAGGGAAAAGGGAUGGUAUGUCUUCAGCUUUUUUAUUAUGAAAAUCUUUGCUCUGUACACUUUAAAACAUGCAGUCAAGAUACAAGUGCUGAAAUUAUCAGUGUUUUAGUCUGCUGGGGAAGAUGAAUAGAUAUUUACAAAGAGCAAUUUGGCUGGGCAUGUAACAGUAGUACUCUGGCCAAACAACCAGGAGAAAGUACUGCCCACCAGAUUUUCACAGGAAGUGGUAUAGGUUUACUGUGCUUUACAGACUGAUCACUGUCAUUCCUUAUGAAGUUAAUAUUCUUGCUGCUUUUAAAUUGCACAAAGAACAUUUUCACAGGGAACACAUGAAUAUGACUCGGAAUAUUCUGCCCUUUGGUCAGGCAGCCUGCAGGGCUCCUCUGAGCUGUUGGAUUGUUACAGCAUCUGUGAAAAUGUCAAAAUUGAAUAUUUAUUCAGAUACGGCACAUAAGUGCAUGAGAAACAUUUAUUUCUGGUUUUGUUUUUCUUUGCACUGAAGAUUAGUGAAGGUUAACAUUUAUCAUGAAAGUAAAUGUAUCACACAUAUGAGCUAAAUAUUGUACAUUUUUGCCAGGGCAAAGAUUUUCAGCAUUUUUUUUUUUUACUGUCUUUGUGAGUGGCUUGGUUACUAAUGUAAAGUCAUAAACAUUCAUAAUGAAUUUCAUUAACUGUAUUUAUUUUUUUUUGCAAUGUAUAUAUUAGUUUGCAGUUCUUUGCACAAAAUAUGUGUUUACAACUAACAGAACAAAUAAAGCUUGAACUUAAGUUUUUGUUGUUUUCUCAAAUGGAAACCAAAUAGCUUUAGGUGUUAGAUUUUAGCAACUCAUUGAAGUGGACUUUGAAUGUACUUGAAUUCAAAAUGCAUGAAUUAUCAGAUAAAAGAUAAAUGAUCUUUAUUAGGGACUGAUGUGUAGCUGUGCUUAUUUCUUGAAACAAUUUUCAAUUUAAUUUGACCAUGUUACAAGGGCACUUUCUUACAUUUAAUCUUAAAGAUAGUCCAGAUGUGGAGGGCAGAAUUAUGAGGCCUGUUCAUUUUAAUUUCUACCAUCAGGGAAUAUAUUUUGUAGAGGUCAUUCAAAAUUAUAUAUAAUUUUUUUUUUUUUUUUUUUUUUUUUUUUUGACGGUCACCUCCUUUGAAUUGUUUUUGCAUUGACUCGUCAUGCAUUUUCCCAUGCUGCCUUUGAAGCAAACCUGGCAUUACUAUAUAUACCCCCCCCCCCCCCCCCCCCCCCAUCCGAGGCCUAAUGUUUCGAAAUGAACAUCCCAAUUUGUUGUGGUAAAACAGCAGAAAAUAGUUCAACUGAGGCAUUAACACUGUAUAUUAUUUUUCAGAUUGGCUUAAUUUUCAUACUUAUUUUGUAAAUAGUACAUGUUGUAUGGAAAUUGGAUUAAAAUGUAAAUAUGUCUCCUGUAUUUGUAAUAAUUAUAAAACAUUCACUGUAUAGCCUAGACGUGUAAUGCAUAUCUUAAUUCUGUGUAUGGUAAUCUUGCACCAUUGACUUGUUUAGUGAAUGAGGUAAAAAUAAAAUUACAGCCAGUGCAUUA